GUGUCGUUUAAUCAAAUCUGCCAAACUUUUGUCUCUCAGACACUGCACUUGAUUUUCCUCGUGGCCAAAUCUUUUGAUUCUCCGUUCAUUCUCCGGUUCCGAUCUCGAAGAAGAUGAGAGUAGUGGUAAUAUCAUUCUUGGUCUCCGUCUCUUUGCAACUAUCCUUUCUUCUUCUCCUUGCUUCUGCUAUUAGAUCAACCUCCUCUCCACCUAACGAUCCGUUUCUCGGCAUUUCUCCUCAAGAUGAGAAGUAUUACAAGUCAUCUUCAGAGAUAAAGUGUAAGGAUGGAUCAAAGAAAUUCACGAAAGCUCAACUUAAUGAUGAUUUCUGUGAUUGUCCUGAUGGAACUGACGAGCCAGGUACCUCAGCUUGUCCAAAUGGAAAAUUCUAUUGUCGUAACGCAGGCCACUCUUCGUUGAUUUUGUUUUCUUCCAGAGUCAAUGAUGGUAUUUGUGAUUGUUGUGAUGGAAGUGAUGAGUAUGAUGGCCAAGUGUCAUGCCAAAAUACAUGUUGGGAAGCUGGGAAAGCUGCUCGAGAAAAUCUGAAGAAAAAAAUUGAAACAUAUAAUCAAGGGCUUGUAGUAAGGAGACAGGAAAUCGAACAGGCGAAAGUGGGUCUAGAGAAAGAUGCAGCAGAAUUGAAGAAGCUGAAAAGUGAAGAGAAGAUUCUGAAAGGCCUUGUUGAUCAGCUUAAAGAUCGUAAAGAACAAAUUGAGAAGGUAGAGGAGAAGGAGCGUCUACAGAAAGAAAAGGAGGAGAAGGAAAAGAAAGAGGCCGAAUUAGCAGCCCAGCAAGGAAAGGGGGAUGCUGAGGAGAAGACAGAUGACAAUGAAAAAGUUGAAGAAAGCUCACAUGAUGAAGGGGCGCCUGAAGUUUCACAGCACGAUGAAAAUCCCGAUGAGACCACACAUCAUGAUGAGAUUGGUAAUUACAAAGAUUAUCCUUCAGAAGAGGAGCCAGCUGCUGAAGCUGAAGCUAACCCAACAGCAACAAGUAUAUUGGAAGAGGCUACUCACACUCAUCCAGCAGACGAGCAUGUUGUGGAGACGAAGGAGGAAUCUCCCUCAUCUGAGGAUUCCGUCACAGAAGGGUCUCAAAAUGAUGGUAGUACCAAAAAGGAGGAAUCAAACGAGGUUAAGAAAGUGGAGGAUCUUGUAACCGAAAAGAAGGAAGAGUUGUCAAAGGAAGAGUUGGGGCGUCUUGUUGCCUCUCGUUGGACAGGAGAGAAAUCUGAUAAGCCAACUGAGGCAGACGAUAGCCCCAAAGCUGAUGAUCAGGAAAACCAUGAGCACACGCCCACCACUCCACAUGAAGUAGAUGAAGAUGAUGGAUUUGUUUCAGAUGGUGACGAGGAUACCAGCGAUGAUGGGAAAUACAGCGACCAUGAACCCGAAGAUGAUUCCUAUGAAGAGGAGUAUCGCCAUGAUUCUACUUCUUCAUACAAAUCUGAUGCCGAUGAUGAUGUCGAUUUUUCAGAGUCAACUUCAAAUCCUACUUGGUUGGAGAAGAUACAAAAGACUGUCAAGAACAUUUUGCAGGCUGUGAAUUUAUUUCAAACCACCCCAGUGGACAAAUCGGAGGCUGAUCGGGUACGCAAAGAAUACGACGAGUCGAGCUCCAAACUGCACAAAAUACAGUCAAGGAUAUCGAGCUUAGAAAAGAAGCUAAAACAAGACUUUGGACUGGAGAAAGAGUUCUAUUCAUUCCAUGGUCGUUGUUUUGAGAGCAAACAGGGCAAGUAUACUUACAAAGUCUGCGCAUAUAAAGAAGCAACACAAGAGGAGGGCUAUUCGAAAACUCGGUUAGGGGAAUGGGACAAAUUUGAGAACUCUUACCAAUUCAUGUCAUAUACCAACGGAGAUAAAUGCUGGAACGGUCCCGAUAGAAGCCUUAAGGUGAAACUAAGAUGUGGGUUAAAAAAUGAGCUUAUGGAUGUCGAUGAACCAAGCCGUUGCGAAUAUGCGGCGAUCUUAUCUACUCCAGCACGGUGUUUGGAAGACAAACUUAAAGAACUACAACAGAAGCUCGAGAAGUUGAUGAACCAAGACAAACCCCAGAAUCAUGACGAACUCUGAUCAUUUCCAUCUGAAAUAAUUCUUACCGAGAUGCGCACUGCGCUUAGAUUUAUGUCAGUUAGACAGACUAGUAAUCUUGCUCACUCUCAAACGUCAAGAGAGGACUUAAAAAAGAACAGAGAAAAGUUUUGGGUCGGAAGAGAAUGAAGGAUAGGUUCAAGUUUACCUCAUUUGGGUUCAAUGGAAGAUUCUAUAUAUGAAAAGUAUUUAGACAAUGUUCAAACUUUGGUUAAGCACAAAGAAAGAUUCCUCUAUAUAAAAAAACAUGAAGAAGAGCUAAAUCUUUUAAGCUU